AUGGAACUAGCAUCAAGGCGCCACUUCUUCAAACAUGGAGGGCAGGAUCCUUCAAUAGGCUUAAAUUCGGCGGAGAUCCAGAACUGCCACUGGUGCCAAUUGCGGUCCUUUGCCAACCAUGAAAAAUACCCCAUCUCGAUCAUUAACGACACCGGCGAUGGGGCUUCGCUACCUGCCGAUUUCCGUUUUAUUUCCGAAAGAAUCCUCGGAAAGGGUGUCUCGCGCGCCGAGGCUAGUUUCCUCAGCGGCUGCGAAUGCACCUCGAACGAGGAUUGCAUGUACGGUGGCUGCGAGUGCCUCUCGGAUCUCCCCGAUUCUGGACUUGAAAGCGACGGUGGUGCAGAUUCUCGCAAAAGCCGUAAUAGCCGCAUCAAGAAGUUCGCAUAUUAUUCGAGUGGCGAAAGAGCCGGCUUGCUGAGGGAAAGCUACCUCGAUACCCGGACAGCCAUCUACGAAUGCCAUGAGCAGUGCAGCUGUGGACCAGACUGCCCGAACCGCGUGGUCGAAAGGGGCCGCACCUUGCCUCUUCAGAUUUUCCGUACCGAUGACGGAAGGGGAUGGGGUGUCAAGGCCACAGUCGAUAUCAAAUGCGGCCAGUUCGUGGAUACCUAUAUUGGCGAGGUGAUUACUGACAGCGAGGCUGUGGAGCGCCGUAAGGCCACCCGCAAAAAGGACCUGUAUCUUUUCGACCUGGACAAGUUCUGGGAAGUGAUACAGGAUGACGAGAGCAGGCUGGUAAUCGACGGAGAGUACCGAAGCGGUCCUUCCCGCUUCUUUAACCAUAGCUGCGACCCAAACAUGCGCAUCUUUGCGCGUGUUGGCGCCCAUGCCGAACUGAACCUGCACGACCUUGCAUUUUUUGCUAUCCGAGAUAUAGCAAACGGCGACGAACUUACAUUCGAUUACGUCGAUGGCCAGGUCUUGCCAGAUGGUGAACCGCUGGACAAUGAUUAUACCAAAUGCUUGUGUAAAAGCGAUAACUGCAGAGGCGUUCUCUGGAGCUAA